AUGGAAGCUCUUCCAAACGAAUUGUUACUGGAAAUCAUCAAGCACCUGUUUCUCGAAGCAUUCAGCACAGCCUUAAAUAUUGGUCUCGUGAACCGACGCUUGCACCACCUUACCAACGAGCUCCUGUACAGCACAUACUCUUUAAAUCGCGGAAACCCAGCGCUGUUGAUACGUACCCUUGCAUCCUGGCCUGCCCAUGCACGACGCAUCAAGAGUCUGGAAUGGGAUUGUAGGCCUGCGCACAACAAUUCUCUGGUCACUAGCGAUGCUUUUCCAUUCCCUGGUGAUUUGGCACCAAUGGAACGUUGCAAUAUUGCAAAAGCUUUGUGCUCAAAGAACCCCUAUGAGACGGACGACCUGAAUUCUGUAUUGAUGGAUGCCGGGACAGACGCAUAUCUAAAUUUAUUCCUGUCAUUCGCGCCGGAUGUAUGCAACAUCCGAAUUGCGAUACCUUCCAAAUGGAGUUACUACAGGAUUUGGUUCACGCCGGCGUUAGAUCUUCGAAUUCUAUCCAAUCUCAACAAAGCAUAUAUUGCUGGUCCGAUGCGCAUUCGGAAUGUCGUCCCCCUGUUCCUGCUACCUUCACUGCGCAGUUUGACUUUGGACCAUGUAGCACACGAUAGGAAUCGCGUACUACCCGGCACCUUCAAAUGGUACCAGUAUGAUGCAGCCAUUCAAAGGCUACGGAAAGAAAGGUCAUGGGUUGAGAGCUUUCAUCUACAAAAAUGCAGCACCGACACAGUAGAAAUAGCUCAGUUGAUGUCAUUAUUUGGUCAUCUUAAAACAUUUGAGUUUGAAUUCACAGGCCAUGACAAAGAUGAAGCCAAUACGACCAUCACGCAUUUUGUGCAUUCCAUCGCAAAUCAGUCAAAUUCACUCACAUCGCUGUUUCUCAAAGACUUUCGCCUAGCACUGGAUCCAACCGCACUGAAAGGACUAGGCAAGUUUGAGCACAUGGAUUUCUUUCUUCUUGAUAUGACGAUGAUGUGCGGCUCUUAUCUACAGAACACCACAGUCGAAUCGCUAUCGAGUGUUUUGCAGCACCUGCCCAAGCGUCUUCAACAUCUUCACCUCAUAGCCAACGACCCUGAUGGGGACGAGCUGAAACCUUCGACUGCAUUCACUGAAGCAUUACAUGCAAUCGCACCCAUAAUGAAGUCUAUAUUACCUGCCUUACACACAAUAAAAAUCGUCGACUGGGAUCCAUUACUAGGUACUUUCACCUGCCAAACGCAGGUCAAGGCUAUUCAGCUAGCAUUUGCAGAGAUUGGAGUUGAUUUUUUGUGGCAGCCACUCGAUAUUGUCAUAAAAGAGAGUAACGAAAAUGAUAUAAUUACCUGGGAAGGAAAAGAAGAGGGUUGGGUAUGGAUUCAGUGGGUGAAUAGCGAUGAGUUAUGGAACGAGGGUCGUAAUGACGUUUAG